CGAUCAGAGAGGAGGAGGAGAGAGGGAGGAAACUGAGGGUAAUCAGUCUGUCCAGCACUCAGCAGCAGCAUCAUGGCACCUAUCGGAUUAAAGGCGGUGGUCGGCGAAAAGAUUAUGAAUGAUGUUAUCAAGAAGGUGAAGAAGAAGGGAGAAUGGAAGGCUCUGAUUGUGGACCAGCUGAGCAUGAGGAUGUUGUCGUCCUGCUGCAAGAUGACCGACAUCAUGACAGAGGGCAUCACCAUUGUGGAAGACAUCAACAAGCGACGAGAGCCUCUGCCCAGCCUGGAGGCCAUUUACCUGAUUACACCUACAGAGAAGUCUGUCCACACCCUAAUUGCAGACUUCAAAGACGCUCAUUCAUCUAAAUAUAAGGCAGCCCAUGUUUUCUUCACUGACUCCUGCCCCGAUCCUCUCUUUAAUGAACUGGUGAAGAGCCGCACUUCCAAAGUCACCAAGACUCUGACGGAGAUCAACAUUGCCUUCUUGCCCUACGAGUCGCAGGUGUAUUCUCUGGACAAUCCAGAUGCCUUUCACAGUUUCUACAGCCCUCAUAAGACCCAGCUGAAGAACCCAGUGAUGGAGAGGUUGGCCGAGCAGCUGGCCACACUCUGUGCCACCCUGAAAGAGUAUCCUGCUGUCAGAUACCGAGGGGAGUACAAGGAUAAUGCCACCCUGGCCCAGCUGGUUCAGGACAAACUGGAUGCGUACAAGGCUGAUGACCCCACCAUGGGAGAGGGUCCAGAUAAAGCUCGCUCACAGCUGAUCAUUCUGGACAGGGGAUUUGAUCCUGUGUCACCUGUCCUGCAUGAGCUCACCUUUCAGGCUAUGGGCUAUGACCUGCUGCCCAUUGAAAAUGACGUCUACAAGUAUGAGACCAGCGGCAUCGGAGACUCACGUGAGAAGGAGGUCCUUCUGCAUGAAGAUGAUGACCUGUGGGUGAGCCUGAGACACAAACACAUAGCUGAGGUGUCCCAGGAAGUGACACGCCAGCUGAAAGAGUUUUCUUCAAGCAAGAGGAUGAACACUGGAGAGAAGACCACGAUGAGGGAUCUGUCCCAGAUGCUGAAGAAGAUGCCUCAGUAUCAGAAGGAGCUCAGCAAGUACUCCACUCACCUGCAGCUGGCUGAAGACUGCAUGAAGCAUUACCAGGGAACAGUGGAUAAGCUGUGCCGUGUGGAACAGGACCUGGCUAUGGGCACAGAUGCUGAGGGAGAGAAGAUCAAGGACCCCAUGAGGGCUAUCGUGCCCAUCCUGCUGGAUGCCAAUGUCAGCACACAUGACAAGAUCCGCAUCAUCCUGCUUUACAUUUUCCUCAAGAACGGCAUUACGGAGGAGAACCUCAACAAGCUGAUCCAGCAUGCUCAGAUUCCCCCUGAGGACAGUGAGAUCAUCACCAACAUGGCUCACCUGGGCGUCCCCAUCAUCACAGAUUCCACCCUCCGCAGAGGGAAGAAGGUCGACAGGAAGGAGCGCGUGAGCGAGCAGACCUAUCAGCUGUCCCGCUGGACACCGCUGAUCAAGGACAUCAUGGAGGAUGCUAUUGACGAUAAGCUGGAUACCAAGCAUUACCCUUACAUCUCCACCCGCUCCUCCGCCUCCUUCAGUACCACUGCUGUCAGUGCUCGGUAUGGCCACUGGCACAAGAACAAGACACCUGGAGAGUACCGCACUGGGCCACGUGUCAUGGUCUUCAUCAUCGGCGGCGUUUCCUUCAGCGAAAUGCGCUGCGCCUAUGAGGUCACGCAGGCCAAUGGGAAGUGGGAAGCCAUCAUUGGAUCGACCCACAUCUUCACUCCCACCAGCCUGCUGGAGCAGCUCAAGGCCAUGAACAAACCAGAUGAGGAAGUGACGAGCUAAAAAUCCUCCACUCAGUUUCUCUCCUUUUAACCUUACCCCCACCCACCCACCCGUCCCACCCCAUAGCAUCCCCAACCAAAUCCUACCCAUUAACUGUGUAUGCAUCUUGCUUGAGAAGAAAAAAAAAUUUAGACAAUUAAAAAAAAAAAAUGUUAUAUCAAAGAAUAAAAUUGUUGCAAGUAUUCUCAUGUUUUACAAUGGAUGCAACAAAAUAAACUUAUUUAAAAUGGAUUAAAUAUCAGAAAAGGCCAUUUAAAAGGGAAAUGACCAAAAUGUAAUAUUGUAUGCUAUGAAACCUACUAGGUUGUGUAAAAGGUAGAUAUUUUCUCGUUUGUUCCUUUUGGUUACCUCCAUGGUGUGAAUUUAACUGUAAGCAGGUAGAGGAGGGAUGUGCAGCCUGAGGGUUUCAUAUUGUAAAAAUGCAUCAGUCGCCAUACUCGCUCUCUCUCGGCUCUGUCCUACCCACCCUUUCCUUACCCAUUUGAGAUGUUCGUGUUCAGUAGCAUGCUUGGACUUGUGUGGACCGUUACUGUUUGUAUCCAGUGUGGAUGUUCUGAGAGCCGCAUGUAAAUGUUGUGGUUGAAUACGCCACUGAAAAACCUCGUUUUUGAGCAUCAGAAAGAAUAAAAGAUGCACUCGGUAACUUUUUAAACUAUUUAAGACUGAUUUGAUAACUCGAGAGACCAUCUCACUGGCCACUUCAUUAGGUAUACAUUUUCAACUGUCCAGUCACAUGGCAGCGGAUUGAUGCAUUUAGGCAUGACAAUAGGAAAUUGGAAAAAUGUUGCUUUGUCUAUGACACAAAUGUCCAAGCAAGGCUGAACUAAUGAAGUGGUCGCUGAGUUUGUAUGCUCAAGUAAACUUGGUCCUAUAUACUGAGUUCACAGGCUGGCAGUGCUGCAGAAGUGGUUAUUGGUAGUGUUUGGGGAUGUUUUAAUGGUGAGUUUUUGACACUAAAGCAAGAUGAUGGUUUAGAGUAUUCAUUUUAAGAGCUUGGUUAGUCUGUUAAAAGCCAGAACCAUCCCUCCUCCGGCUGCCGAGACUCAAGUAUUUUCUUUCCACAGUCUUUUUCCUUUCCUCCGCAGAGACGUUACGUUUUAAUGUCAAAAAGGCCGUUGCUUGCUGAUAUUUAAUAAAUAAUCCUCAAAAAGGGCCAGUUGUAUUUCAGUAUUGUAUCCUGUCAGAUUAAGUCUUAUCAUCGGUUAGUAAUGAUGUUUAAUUGGGCCAUGCACUGAGUAGUGUUGUGUAUAAUGCCAUAUGUUGCUGUUUUAGCGUCUCACUGUUGAAUGGUGACUUUUCUGACUGUGAAGUAGUGAUAACUUUUCCUUUUAAAAGAAAAAAAAAAACAUGCCAACGUGAAGCCGCCGUGUUUGUGGUGUUUUAGCUGUAGCUGUUUAGUGAUCCACUGGGAAAAAGAAGUAAGAUCUAUAUUUUCUUUGUCUGUUUUCCUCCUCUGGUGCAAUGUAAAACCCUCCAAUGGUGAAAUGGCUUUGCAAGUUAAAAAAAACAAGAA